AUGGCCGACAGCUUCCCAGGUGCCGGCGCCGAUGGCAAGGUAGAGAUUGACCUCUACGAGGUCCUCGCCAUCGAGAAAACCGCCUCGGGCGACGAAAUCAAAAAGGCCUACCGCAAGGCCGCCCUCAAGUUCCACCCCGACAAGGUCCCCGAGGACCAGCGUGAAGCCUCCGAGGUCAAGUUCAAGGAGGUGACGCGCGCCUACGAAAUCCUCGGCGAUGAGGAGAAGCGCCACCUCUACGACACACACGGGAUGGCCGCCUUUGAUCCUUCGCGCGGCGGUGGUCCCGGCGGUCCUGGUGCCGAUCUCAACGAUAUUCUCUCACAAAUGUUUGGCUUCAACAUGGGCGGCGCCGGCGGUCCUGGCGGUCCCCGCCGCCCCCGUAAGGGCCCCGACGAGCAGCAGGAGUACAAAGUGACGCUCGAGGAGCUCUACCGCGGCAAGACGGUCAAGUUUGCCGCCAACAAGCAGGUCCUCUGCGGCGGCUGUAAGGGCAGCGGUGGCAAGGACAAGGCCAAGCCGGACGCGUGCUCGCGCUGCCGCGGCCAGGGUAUCGUCGAGGGUCUCCGCCAGAUCGGACCCGGCAUGAUGCGCCGCGAGACGAUGCUCUGCGACGCUUGCCACGGCGCCGGAAACGUCUUCAAGGAGAAGGACCGCUGCAAGAAGUGCAAGGGCAAGCGCACCACGCAGGAGAAGAAGGUCCUCGAACUCUACAUCCCGCGCGGCUCCGUCCAGGGCGAACGCAUCGUGCUCGAGGGCGAGGCCGACCAAUACCCCGACCAAAUACCGGGUGACAUCAUCUUCACCCUCGUCGAGGAGCCCCACGACGUCUUCUCCCGCCUCGGCAACGACCUCUCUGCCGAGCUCAAGAUCUCCCUUGGCGAGGCGCUCGGCGGCUUCAACCGCGUCGUCCUCGAGCACCUCGAUGGCCGUGGUAUCUAUAUCGAGCGCAAGCAGGGCAAGAUCUUACGCCCGGGUGACUGCCUCCGCGUCCCCGGCGAGGGCAUGCCGUUCAAGCGCGGCGAUGCCAAGGGCGACUUGUACCUGCUCGUCUCCGUUCAGUUCCCCAAGGACGACUUCCUCCAGAAUGCCGGCGCCUACGACGCGUUGCUCAAGAUGCUGCCGGCACCCGUCGAGGGCCCCAAGACGGCAGAGGUCGACGAGGUCGAGUACGAAGACGACGCCGACAUUGAAACCAUGGGCGAAAACGCCGAAGAUCCCCGCGCCGGCGGCGAGUGGCAAGACGACGACGGGGAAGACGGCCAGCCCCAGUGCCAGGCCCAGUAA